CUGCUUGCUGCCUCGCCCGGGGCGAUGGAAGAGGCGCAGCGUCAAUUGCUGCAGCGCUCGCGGUUGCGCCUGGUGAAGGAGCUGCAGGUGGAGCCCUUGUGGGACCUACUGGCGCACCGAGGGAUCUUCACCCUGGACAUGAUCGAGGAGAUCCAGAGAGCAGGUACUCGAAGGGAUCAAGCCAGGAAGUUGAUCACAGACCUGCAGACCCGAGGAAAGGAAGCGCUCCCUGCUUUCAUCUGGUGCCUCCACGAAACUGGUCAGGAGGAGCUGGCGACUCUACUGAGCGAGGGAUGCAGCCAACCACCGUCGCGCCCAGUCCAUAUAGAGCCGAUUGUGGUCCACCCGCGUGCUGGACAAGUUGACCCAGGUACGAAGACAAGCAAAUAUUUACCUUCCCCAGCCCAGGAGAGAUUCCGAGAGCCAAGUCGGGAAACCAUUCCGGGUCCUGUGGAAGAGAGAGCAGCAAGGAAUGAUGACAUGGUUUAUGCCUUGAAUUCUGACCCCUGUGGUUACUGCCUUAUUAUCAACAAUGUGAACUUCUCCAAAGAGUCGGGCCUCGCCACCCGCACCGGCUCCGAUGUGGACUGCGAAAGUCUAGAAAGACGCUUCCGACGGCUCCAUUUCAAAGUCUUGACUCGACGAGAUCUCACAGCUCAGGAAAUCAUCCGGGAAUUGCAAAGCCUGGCGAUGCAGGACCACGGAUCUCUCGACUGCUGCUUGGUUGUAAUCCUUUCCCACGGCUGUCAGACUAGGCACCGUCAGUUCCCCGGCGGGAUCUUCGGUACAGACGGGCAGCCCAUUGCCGUGGAAACGAUCGUCAGCUACUUCAACGGGUCUCACUGUCUGCUCCUGAGGGGGAAACCCAAACUCUUCUUUAUUCAAGCUUGUGGGGGAGAGCAAAAGGACCCAGGAUUCGAGGUGGAGUCUGGGCCUUCUGUCGAUCAACGACCCGGAAGCACUCUCGCUUCUGACGCGACCCCCUUCCAGACACCUGCGGGAGACUCUGAUCAGCCAGACGCCGUCGCCAGCUUGCCCACCCCAAGUGACAUCUUAGUGUCUUAUUCAACAUUUCCAGGGUUUGUAUCCUGGAGGGAUAAACUUAGCGGUUCCUGGUACGUGGAAACCCUGGACCAUAUCCUUGAACAGUUUGCUCAUUCUGAAGAUCUGCUCAACAUGCUAUUGAGGGUGGCAAACUCGGUUUCUGCAAAAGGGAAGUACAAGCAAAUGCCCGGCUAUUUCAACUUUCUCCGCAAAAGGUUCUUCUUCAUGGCCAGAUGAUA